GCAUCCGCGCCGCGGGCCUUGCACACAAGUUAAAGAUGGCGGACGAAGGUGACAGUUUAUCAAAUGCUGAGCUACGUGAGCAGCUGAUGUAUUAUGGUGUUAAGCACGGUCCUAUAACCGCAACAACUAAAGCAUUAUUGCUGAAAAAGCUAAAUGAAGCAAAGUCAGGUGGCCGUAGAUCGUCUCCCAAAGUAGACAAGGUGAAAAAGCGCAGGUCAAUUGCAACCAGCAAUCCGUCACAACAGAGAACAAAGUUAGCUGGCUUCUCAAAAGAGGAAGAUGAAAUUGUCAUUAAAAAGUCACAAGUCUGCAGAAUUGAUUCAAAUGAUAGCAACAACUCAGAGGAAAAGGUAACCGUUACAAGAAGGAGAAACAGCUUUGAUUUAGAGGAAGAACACGACAUAGUGCAAAAGAGGAAAACGAAAACAGAUCAGAGACAAAGCCCUGCAAGCUCAUCUAGCUCUAAUUCGACUAUUGGAAAUGCGUCAUUGACAGCAAGAUUGCAAGGGAAGCCUAAGGGGCAGUAUCAAGCUGCUAGAGACCAAACUGAUAGUAUAGCUGAGGAAUCAACCAAAGAAGACAAUAUUGAUAAUGGACGAGAUGAUGAAGAACUGGAGUUGGCAUUUGCAUCCAACAACAACCUCAUGAAGAGUUGGAGAGGCCCAGUAUUUAUGAUAUUUGUAAUUGUCUUGCUAAUAUGUCUUGUUGGAUCAUAUGCAAGCUUGUGGAGCAACAGAAUGUCAGAAUGGCCUGCUCUUCCAGAAAUAAAAGAUGGAUCAACAUUUGGAAAGGUCAGCAGGGAGGAAGUAUUCAAGAUGCUUCAAUGUUUACAUGAAAAACUAUCCUUGUAUGCAGGAGAAAAGGAAUGUGGCUACUCAAAUGUUACGGUAGAGCUCAAUGGCGGCCAACUUGGACCUUUUUUCUCUUCAGAAUGUUCCUAUCUUUUGGAGGAAAAACUCAUUGACUAUGAACAUCUCUCUUCGCAAGUUGUGAAUUUUGCCGUCGACAAGAUGUAUUCGCAGUUUUUCAGAGUGGUUUAUGAGCGAGGGACAAUGGGGGAAAUUACGAUUGAAACCCUUAGCAUGGUCACACUAUCGUCGAAGACCGCCGUCAAACCGUUGAUAUGUCGUCUAAAGCAGGCUUCACAGAUGCUGACGAAGUACAUUUUAGGAAUCGUUCUUGGCUUUGGGCUUUUGCUUGCUGCCUACUAUGUCAUGAAGCGACGCUGGAUGAUGGAUGAUGAAGACACCAGGCUUAUGUUCGUUUAUGUUGAACGCAUCAUCGAAAGCCUUCGUAGGCACCACGAGGCUUGUGAACAUGACAGGGAGCUACCACCUUAUCUCCCAAUCCCACACGUCCGAGAUAUGCUUAUUCCUCCACGAGAAAGAAAACAAAAAUCUAGAGCGUGGAAAAAGGCUGUUGAUUUUCUCAGCUCAACCGACGCAAGGAUCCGAGUUGAAACGCAGAGAAUUGCGGGAGAAGACUUUGAAGUGUGGAGAUGGAUUGGGGUUAUGCCGUCAGACAAGCAUGUCAGUGGGGCCAGCAACCAUUUGGGUCCUGAAGUUGAAAGAGGGAAGUUCUGGCAAGGGCAAGCUUUCGAUAAGCUGGAAAAGGUUGUGCGAAUGCCGAUCAUCACUCCAACACCAUGCUUGAAGAUCAGAUAUCUUCACGGAGGCCCUGUUGAGAAAGAGGAAGGAUGGGAACGUCACGUCCGCGAUGCUUUGCUUGAAAAAUGCAACGACGGGGGAGCUCGCAUUCUCCAUGUUUAUGUCGAUGUCAAGUCUUCUGAGGGCUGCGUUUAUGUCAAAUGUGAUUCUCUGGAGUCAGCAGGAAAGGCCUUUCGAAGCGUUUACGGCAAUUGGUUCGAUGGUCGCCUGGUGAUAGUUAAAUUUGUUACAUUAGCCCGUUAUCAUCAAAGAUUCCCUGAUGCCUUAACACGCAUACGGCCUUUAAAUGUUUCUGGGGAUUUCCCUUCUUCGCUGAGCUGGAAAAGCCAGAACGAUGAACCAGAAACAUGGAUCAGUCGGUCGUGAAAAGGUAAACAAGUGGAAACAUCGAACCAAAGUGAAUCAAAGUGCUGAAGACACUGCAGCAGCAGCUGCGGCGCGUCUCUUGUCAUAUUUCUCAAGGUCUGAAACACAGGGGUAGUUUAUGGAAUUCUACUGAACACAAAUUUCUUGCCAAUGUAGGUUGUGCUCAGUUGUUCAACAUUCCUUAUGUAGAAGAAAUACCGGCUGAACUCUGCACAGGUUGAUAUUUUUAAAGUAAGCUAGGUAUUCACCAGCUAUUGAUAAUUAUCGAACUCUUGAUCGUAAAGGAGCCUUGGGCAUAUUAAAUUCAAGGUUCCUUAACUCAGUGUUGGGAAACGCAACCUUGCCCAAGAAUAGUAAGCCUUACCUCAUAAAAUAUCCUUGAAAUUCACUGUUUGAUAGAAGCGUCAAGAAAAUGUUUUAAAGUCAGCUAGACGCUAUUUUAUUUCGGUAGUAAAAAACUCUGGUGGCUGUUUCUCGCUGUUAACCUGUUUGCCCUUGUUUGCUUGGCCCCAAAGUAGACGUCCGAAGUAGUAUUUUUUGAAUAUUGAGGCACAAUAGAAGAAACUUUACAAUAUUUAGGCGAAUGGAUUCUCGAUACGUAAGUUGCCGAGCUUCAUAAAGAUAUAUGGCAAUGCAUCUUCAGUUGGCUUCACAUUCAAUAUGUUAUUUAAUCGCAUCGCUAAAGUCAAUCUGCGCCGCUGCACGUGACAGAAAAUGUUAGCCUUAGAACUCCUUCCUAGUGCUUGAUGUAUCUUUCCCCAAUGGUCCUGCUGUCUUUUUAUAUAGUUGCGAACUUUUUUUAGGCUGCUUUCACAUCUGAAAUGCAGUAACGUUCAAUUAAAUCAUUUUGAUAAAUUCCGUUGACUGUUAAUUUUAAAUUGAGAUUAGUUGUUUAGACGUUUCGCCUCUGCCUGAUAUAUAUAAAUAUAUAUAUAUUAUAUAUAUAUAUUGGUAAUGUUAUUCAGGUGUUAUGUAUGUUAAAUGCUGAAGUCUUUGUUUCCGGA